GAGUGCAGCGACUGAGGAAGGAGCAGAAGGGCUGCUGCCUCUUGGAUUUGGGUGACUGUCCAGGCUUGUGUGGGUGUUUGUUUCUGGCUGUGACCUUGUUUGUUUCUGGCUGUGACCUUUCACCUAGAAGUGUGAGUCAGGAAGUUCAGGUGAUUAGCUGUGGGCGGAGCUAGUCAGAGCUUGGAGUGCAGCGACUGAGGAAGGAGCAGAAGGUGAGCUGAGCUUGGGAGACACUCUGUAGGUUUUGUGGUUUUGUCUUUUGGGGCUGUGUGUGAGUAAGUUUGUGUGCUUAUUUGUUUUCUUACUUGUUUGUGUGCUUGUGCUGGUUUUCUAGGGCUGCUGCCUCUUGGAUUUGGGUGACUGUCCAGGCUUGUGUGGGUGUUUGUUUCUGGCUGUGACCUUGUUUGUUUCUGGCUGUGACCUUUCACCUAGAAGUGUGAGUCAGGAAGUUCAGGUGAUUAGCUGUGGGCGGAGCUAGUCAGAGCUUGGAGUGCAGCAACUGAGGAAGGAGCAGAAGGUGAGCUGAGCUUGGGAGACACUCUGUAGGUUUUGUGGUUUUGUCUUUUGGGGCUGUGUGUGAGUAAGUUUGUGUGCUUAUUUGUUUUCUUACUUGUUUGUGUGCUUGUGCUGGUUUUCUAGGGCUGCUGCCUCUUGGAUCUGCCUCUUGGAUCUGGGUGACCCAUCUUUUUGACCUAGGGCAGCAAAUCUCAUACGUUUGUUAGGGGGGACCUAGGCCUCUUCCUCUUUCCCCCUUGACCUCAAGGUUUUCAAGAUGGAGGUGGAGGGAACAACCAUUGUCACCUGCAAUUCCUGUGCAAUGUUUGUUUUCUUGCCAAAGGAUGUGGGUAGCUACACCUGCAACAAUUGCAAGUUGGUUGCCCUACUGGAAAACAAGGUUGCCCUUCUGGAAGAGAAGGUGCAGCAGCUUCAGGGGCGUGUAUCUACGCUCCAGAGAAUUAAAGAGCUGGAGCUUUUCUUGGAUGCAGCAGAGCACACUGUCUGCACCAAGGAGGAGACAGGGGAUCUCCCUGAGGAGGAGGUCAGUUCCCCAACACAGCAGCCAGAUGUAUGGAGGAACGUGACUCAUAGAAGUAGAAGGCCCAGGGAUCGCUCUGAGUGCUUAGAAUUACACAACCGUUUUGAAGUGCUCAUGGAAGACGAGGAACAGACUCCACCUGAGGAUCUCUCCCUCAUCACAGUUGAUGAGGAAUAUGAAGACGAGCAACCAAGUCAGUCCUCUGGAAAUAUGCAGGUAACCUUGGAAGGGACAGCACAUAGAAGAAUCCCAACCAAGCCUAUGAAGAGGCGUGUAGUGGUGAUUGGGGAUUCCCUACUGAGGGGUACAGAAGCAGUGAUCUGUGGGCCUGACAAGAUGUCUCGAGAGGUGUGCUGUCUACCUGGGGCCAAGAUCAAAGAUGUAACAGAACGGCUGCAAGGAAUCAUAAAACCCACCGACAAAUACCCCUUCCUUUUGGUGCAUGUGGGAACCAAUGACACUGCAAGCCAUAGCUUACAGAAGAUCAAAAAUGAUUAUGAGGCUCUGGGCAGGAAGUUGAAGCAAUUAGAUGCACAAAUUGUCAUCUCUUCUGUCCUCCCAGUUGAACGACAUGGCCCAGGGAGAGAGGGAAAAAUAGGGGAAGUGAACAACUGGCUUCGCAAAUGGUGCAAACAGGAACGGUUUGGAUUCCUAGAUCACGGUCUGCAGUUUCUUGAAGAUGGACUUCUGGCAAGUGAUGGACUGCACCUCACAAAAGUUGGGAGGAAUGUUUUUGCCACAAAACUCAAAAACCUCAUCAGGAGGGCUUUAAACUGACUUAUGUGGGGGAGGGAGACAGUGGUCCUGAAGGUAGGAGUCUAUCAAAUGCUGAAGAUGAUCAUCCAAAUGUCAAGGACCAAAUGGAGCAAGCAGCAUGCAGACCUAGUGGUGGGACGAAAAUAUCCUUAAAUAAGAGACAUGGGGGAAUGAUCAACGGUCUUCAAUGUCUGUAUACUAAUGCACAGAGCAUGGGAAAUAAACAAGAUGAACUUGAGCUCUUGGUACAGCAAACUAAAUAUGACAUAAUAGGCAUCACUGAAACCUGGUGGGAUGAGUCUCAUGACUGGAAUGUAGUAAUAGAGGGAUACAAUCUAUUUAAGAGAAAUAGACCAAACAGGAAAGGAGGAGGAGUAGCUUUAUAUGUUAGGGAUAUGUAUACCUGUGAAGAGAUCCAGGAUUUAAAACUUCAAAGCCAAAUUGAGAGUAUCUGGGUCAAAAUUAAGGGAGAGAAAAACAACAGUGAUCUCAUUGUGGGAGUUUACUAUAGAUCCCCAAGCCAAACUGAGGACACAGAUGAUGCCUUCCUGGAACAGAUGGCCAAGCAUUCCAAAGG